AUGACGGUCAAUUUCGGUCCUGUGGGCGGCAUCCAGGGCGGCGCUCCUCCCGGCCCUGGCGGUGGCUUGGGCUACAACCUCCGCGAUCCUGUGCGAUCUUGGUGGUGCCAUGAUCAUCCGCUACGCCAACUACUCGACAGCUCUCAUGGCGACCCUGGAGGUGACCUCUUCACCUCCCCUGGAUACCCUGCCUUCUGGGUGCACCAUGAUAUGAUGGACCGCAUGUGGACCUUUUGGCAAGCAAUCAACCCCAACAAGCGCCAUUGCGAGUUCAACGGCCGCCCCUAUGGUCACAAUACAUGGGCCAACAAGCCGCCGCCCCGAAAGGCGUCGCUGGAAGGUCCCAUUGACAUGGGUUAUGCCGGUGGCUCAACCGUCAUUGGCGAGGUCAUGGACACUUUGUCCGGUCCUUUUCGCUACUUCUACCUCUAG